UAGAGUUUUGAGUAUUGUAAAAAGUAAGGCACAAAUAUAACCACAGCUGAAAACAUAUUGGGAUUUGAAUUACCCUUUAUUAAAACGCUUUCAUUUACAACUGCUUAAUUUGUUCGAGAACGACAAUAUUCAAGAUUGAGGUCGAUAAUACACAUGUUUCGUACCGCCUGAAAUGCAAACAAUCAAAGUAUUACGAUUAGAUUAUAUUUAAUUCAUACCUACACCCUACCUAAAAAUACUACGUCCACAGUUUUUGCUAGCGAUUUUUAAGUAUAUAAGCGCACUCAAAACUGCAGUUAAUUAUACUUCGUACAACUUCUCAUCAGUGAAGUGACGACCUCCCAAACAGCGUCAACAUGAACUCUGCUAUCGUGCUAUGUGUGGUGGCGCUGGCCGGCAUGGUGCUCGCGCGCCCUGAUGGUGACGGCGACAAGUACACCUCCAGGUGGGAUGACGUAGACCUGGACGAGAUCCUCGAGAACGAUCAUCUGCUGGUGCCUUACAUCAAGUGCUCGCUCGACGAGGGCAAGUGCGCGCCCGACGCUAAGGAGCUCAAGGAACACAUCCAGGAAGCUCUGGAGACGGGAUGCGCUAAGUGCACUGACAAGCAGAAGGAGGGAACCCGCCGCGUCAUCGCGCACCUGAUCAAGAAAAAGCUGCAAGAGUGGGAGAAAUUGAAGGCCAAGUACGACCCCGAGGGCAAGUACGCAAAGAAGUAUGAAAAGGAGCUCGAAGAAGUGAAAAACGCGUAGUUCAAAUAUUAAAACAAAUUCAAAGUUCAAAAUUGUGAUUACUACCUAUUUGAUUCUUGCAAUAAAGUUUGUUAAUUUUUCUUUAUA